GCGGCGCAGACCUGCCCCUGCCACUCGCCGGGACGCACCGCCGGGACGCACCGCCGGGCCGCCGAGGAGAGGUCUCUCCCAGGAGGGAGCAAGCUUCCACGUUUGAGACGCACCUGUGCUCUCUGUGCUGGCCCCAGACAGCUGCAGCUGCCCACAGGGCUGGAGACAGGCGGCCCGACAGCAUGGACUCCCCACAGCCCCAGCAAUCAGAGGCUGUUCCUUAGGAGAACAAAGAGGCAGUUUCACUACCCUCAGUGCUGAGGAGGAAGCUGGGCAGCAAGUCCCGAGCCCAGCGCCCCCUCUCAGGCCCUGGGUGGGGAAUGGACCAACAGCUGUGAGCAGCCAGAGCUGAUGCCGGGUCCCCAGGGGGUCACUGGAGCCCCCACCAUGAGCCUGGGCAAGCUCUCACCUGUGAGCUGGGUGUCCAGCGCCCAAGGGAAGCGGCGGUUGACGGCGGACAUGAUCAGCCCCCCACUCGGGGACUUCCGCCACACCAUGCACGUGGGCCGGGGUGGAGAUGUCUUUGGAGACACCUCUUUCCUCAGCAACCACGGUGGCGGCAGCAGCUCCGGGGGCUCCCACCGCUCACCCCGAAGCUACCUGGCCAAGAAGCUGCAGCAGGUGCGCCGGGCAGGGGCCACGCCCCGGAGGGUGGCCUCCCCGCCUUCAGCCUCACCCGCACCGCCCGCCGUCUCCCCCAUCAUCAAGAAUGCCAUCUCCCUGCCCCAGCUCAACCAGGCCACCUAUGACAGCCUCGUCGUGGGCAAGAUCAGCUUUGACAGCAGCCCUGCCAGCCCCAAGGAUGGCCAUUCUAGUUACGGCCUGGACUCGGGGUUCUGCACCAUCACGCGCCUGCCCCGCCAGGACAAGCCCCGGGAACGAGACCGGGAGAGCACCUUCCCCUCAGAGCCAGAGCUCCGCCGCUCAGAUUCCCUCCUGUCCUUCCGUCUGGACCUCGACCUCGGGCCCUCACUCCUUAGCGAGCUGCUGGGUGUCAUGAGCCUCUCCGAAGCCUCAGCAGUAGAGACCCCUGGCCAAGCCUCUGCCACAAACCCCCCGACCCAUGGACAUUGUCCCAAUGGGGUCACUGCUGGGCUGGGUGCAGUGGCUGAAACCAGCACAAGGCCCUCAGGAGAGUGUCCCCUCAUCCCCGUUCCCACCGACAAGGCCCCCAGCAGGCCCUGGGGAGUGGGCUCAGGGGACAGCCGCCACCCCACCCAGACAGAUGCUGGGCACGAGCUGGCGGGGGCCUUGCCUCAGGCUCGAGCUUCCUGGGAGAGCCUGGACGAAGAGUGGGGGGCACCCCGGGUGGGCGGCAGGGCCCCAGUGCCCAGUGCAGUGCAGGCACACACCUUUGCAUUUGCCGACACCGAGGAGGAUGAUGAGGUCAAGGUGUGAAUGGCUGGGCUGCCUGCCUCCCAGUGCUGGAUCCACCACCCAGCAGCUGAGAGCCCAGGGGCCCCCACGCCCUUCCACACCUCUGCAGGACAGACAUGGGAGGGAAGCCAGAGGACACCAGGUUCUGGGACCUGGGCGCCCCAUGAUCCCAGCCCAGCUGACCCACCUCUCCCCCCUGCUUUCCUCAGCCCCACCCUGUGCCCCCAGCCUCACAGAGUGGCCUUUGUGGCUGGUUGCUGCCCUGAGCAGGGUGAGGGUGGGGCGCACCGCACCGGGGCUUUGUCUCCUGUCCCAGUUCACCCUGGGGCUGCCCCCAGCAGGGUCUCCACUGCACCCCAGGAGGCUCAGCCCUGGUUAAGACUCAUUUCCAGGCAAUCCUCACUGUCUACCCUCCACUUGCCCCCGAGAGAAGUCAGAUGUGGCCUCGUGGGAGGAGUCCUUUCCCUGUCACCCCAGACCUGUCUCCAGGCCCUGAUUCUAAAAGCUUUUUAAUAAAACACGUCACAAGAGA